CUUUCCAACUUCAUCCCACCCAUGCAUCAACGUAAAUCAACCUUCGGUGCCUCUUGGGCCCUGCAGGAACAUCCUAGCUACGUCUCCCGUUUGCGGAAAGCGGGAGCUCCAUGAAUAUUUUCUGUCCUGUUGGAUGACCCUUACAUUUUGCCCAGUUUUCUUCCAAGAGACCUAUCACCAUCUGCGCCGAAUGCACCACGCAAUGGGCAGAACGGCUCGUCUAAAGGUAGUCCCAGGCUCGAUGAAAUGCUACUCAGCGCUAUCUAGCUGCUGCUUGGCUGAACAUUUCCACACCCGCCACCAUGAAGUCAUCACUUGCACGCCCAGGGCUCUCAGUACUCUCUGCUGCAUUACUUUUCGGGGACCUCCAUAGUUUAACGGCCCUCAAGUGGCCAGCGACCCUUCAAUCGCCGAGUGGAACCAGGAUUUCAUGCUCAUAGGGCUUUCCCCAACCAGCUCCGGCCAGUACGAUUAUCGUGAAAUGGAUGCUUGUCUUGUGCUGCCAUCGAGCUUGCUUAUUCCCAAAUUUCCCGGCGAGUCAUUGGGGCAGGGCCCACAUUCCUCGGAGAAAAUGCCCUCAAGCUGUUAGCAAGUAAGCAGCAAGAGGCGAUCUUCAGAACUAACAUAGGCGACUCUCCAAGGAGUUAUCUCGAAGGCCCACGAUGAUAUGUCAAAGGAUAUCGCUGUGAACCUGUUCCUGGCCAAAACUAUGCUUGCGCCCUUGAUUGUUUGCCAGUUGCCGAAUAUGCAGGUAUACUUUCAGGGACAUGUCCAGUUUGGGGCUACAGCCAUUCGAUUGGAGAAAUCACCGGACGCUUUUCUCCCUUCAGGAGUCUUGUUCAGUCUAUGACGCCAUCAUCAUAAGUAGUCCCUUGGGACAGGAUUCAUCCUACCAUCCGUUCCUACAUUGGAGUGGAUCCUAUGGAGCCUUUUUCCGAUGGAACUAUGAUAUGCCACACUCAAGCUUUGAUCGUGAGGGGCUUCUACAGCUUCUAAAAAUUGCUUUCUGCUUAUCUGCACACCUGAAGUGUUCCUCUAGCAUCCAUGGUACUGCCGGACUACUACCCCUAUCAGUCGUCAUUACUGGGCAGUAGGAUGUGCUCCCCUCAUGACCCAGAGGUUGUUAACGCAUGUCUCCUGGUGCCAGCGGAUACUACAGUGGUAUCCAAUUCUAUCACGACCGAUUUACAGUCGGAAACGAGGGUCACUCGCUCUCACUUCACUCGUUUAUCGCAAAAGUUCUCCUGCCUGUUCUUUCUACUAUUUCUUCGAAAUGGUCAACAAGUUCGCCGCUCUCUUGGCCUUGUCCGGCCCAGCCUUGGGUGAUCUCCUCCACCACAAGGCUCCGGAGUCCUCUCCGGCCGUGGGGCCCCAGGUUACCAAGACCACGACCUACACGACAACUUCUUGCCCGGUUACCUCGUCUGUCGUUACUUCGGGAACCAGAACCUUGACGGUCCCAAUUACUCUGACCGAAACCAUUACCGUCACCACGACCUUCAUCGAGGACGAGACCAACCCUCCGGGUUCCCCGCCUACUGCCCCUCCUGGUGUGCCUGGUCCUAACCCAACUGGCAACCCUGGUCCUGGCCCUACCGGUCUCCCCGGUCCUGGCCCUACUGGACUCCCCGGCCCUGGUCCCACUGGCCUCCCCGGCCCAACAGGCGGGCCCAUCCCGACUGGUCGCCCUAUCCCGACAGGCCAGCCCAUCCCGACAGGCCAGCCCAUCCCGACAGGUCAGCCCCGCCCUGUGCCAACUGGCGCCGAAAACUCGACCAUCCCUGUCAUCCCCACCAGCACUGCUCCGUUCCAGAACAGCACCGCGCCGCCUGUCUUCCCUACUACACGGCCUGUGCCCGUGCCACCGGGCUCUUCGCCUGCCCCAGUGCCAGUUCCAGUUCCAGUUCCCGGACAGCCUGGUAGCCCUGCUGCACCUGGACAGCCUAGUGCACCUGGACAGCCUAGUGCACCUGGACAGCCUAGUGCUCCUGGACAGCCUGGUGCUCCUGGACAGCCUGGUGCUCCUGGACAGCCUGGUGCUCCUGGACAGCCUGGUGCUCCUGGACAGCCUGGUGCUCCUGGACAACCUGGUGCCCCCGGACAGCCUGGUAGCCCUGCUGCGCCUGGUACUCCUGGUGCCCCUGGCGCUUCUGGUGCCCCUAGUACUCCUGGUGCCCCUGGCGCUUCUGGUGCCCCUAGUACUCCUGGUGCCCCUGGCGCUUCUGGUGCCCCUAGUACUCCUGGUGCUCCUGGCGCUUCUGGUGCCCCUAGUACUCCUGGUGCUCCUGGUGCUCCUGGCGCUUCUGGUGCCCCUAGUACUCCUGGUGCUCCUGGUGCUCCUGGCGCUUCUAGUGCCCCUAGUACUCCUGGUGCUCCUGGUGCUCCUGGCGCUUCUGGUGCCCCUAGUACUCCUGGUGCUCCUGGCGCUUCUGGUGCCCCUAGUACUCCUGGUGCUCCUGGCGCUUCUGGUGCCCCUAGUACUCCUGGUGCUCCUGGUGCUCCUGGCGCUUCUAGUGCCCCUAGUACUCCUGGUGCUCCUGGUGCUCCUGGCGCUUCUAGUGCCCCUAGUACUCCUGGUGCUCCUGGCGCUUCUGGUGCCCCUAGUACUCCUGGUGCUCCUGGCGCUUCUAGUGCCCCUAGUGCCCCUGGUGCCCCUGGUGCCCCUAGUGCUCCUGGCGCUCCUGGCGCUCCUGGUGCCCCUAGUGCCCCUGGCGCUCCUGGCGCUCCUGGCGCUCCCGAGUCUCCUGGAGUUCCUCCCACUGGCGUCACCCCCGAAAGGCCGGGUUUUACCGGCGCUGCCGACAACGUCCGCCCGACUGCUGGUCUCCUUGCUGGUCUCAUGGCGGUCAUGGCUCUCCUGUAAACAGUUCCAUGGGAAUUGUCAUCAAAACGCCAGGAUUUCAACCACACGAGCUAUGAAGAGCCCGCUGACUGCGUUUAGAGGAUAAAAGAAAGUAAUAUGGAGUUUCGAUUUUGUCUUUGUGAACUUUUCCGCCCUGGGGCCCCUUUGCCUGGAGGAUCGCGGUUCCCCGUGCUAAUUCAAGCAAAGGACUCCAUUUCAGGUCAGAGCAGUUGGAUUUUGUGUUAAAUAUGCGGUAGUAAUAGUAAUUUAUAAUGGAACUCGCAUUUGCAUAGUUUAUUUGCUUUUCUUAUUCAUCGGUAAUCUAAAAAUAUUACGCCAGAGUACGCCAGGACCCUGGUGGCGCAUAGUACUUACUUCUCUCACCUCACUUACUAUUGGACGAAAAAGAAGUAUACAAUCAACUGCAAUCCCCAAGAUGAAAAAUAAU